GAUCUGCAUUGCUAAUAAUCAUCUUCGCAUUGACUCUCUCUCUCUCUCUCUCUCUCUCUCUCUCUCUCUCUCUCAAUGGGUAGGUCUCCAUGUUGUGAUGAGAGUACUGGUUUGAAGAAGGGGCCAUGGACCCCCGAAGAAGAUGAGAAACUCGUUGAUUUUAUUCAAAAAAACGGGCAUGGGAGUUGGAGAGCAUUACCUAAGCGGGCUGGGCUGAACAGGUGCGGAAAGAGUUGCAGAUUAAGGUGGAACAACUAUCUACGACCGGAUAUUAAGAGAGGGGAAUUCUCUGAGGAAGAACAGCAGUCCAUCAUCCACCUCCACUCACUUCUUGGAAAUAAGUGGUCAAUGAUUGCUACACAUCUCCCAGGCCGGACUGAUAAUGAAAUCAAGAAUUACUGGAACACCCACAUGAGGAAGAAGCUCCUCCAAAGGGGCAUAGAUCCCAAAACCCACGAGCCAAUAUCAGAUCUCAACUUACUAGCGAACCUCUCUCAAUUGCUCUCUCCACCAAACUUUGGCAAUUUCAUGACCCCUUGGGACAGUGCCUUAAUCAGUUCACAAGUCAAUGCUACCCACCUAGCCAAAAUCCAACUUGUCCAAAGCAUGAUGCAAGUCAUAAACACAAACACAUUUCCAAACUUGUCAGAAAGUAGUCUCUUGAAUAUCAGAACCCACAAUAUUGCCCAAUUUGGAGAUGUGCUUGAUGGUACAAGUGCAAUAAGCACAGUCUACAAUAGUACUAGUGAUCCUCCCCCACAAGCAAUCUUUGAUCAUUUCCCUAAAUUGUGUGAAAACCCUCAACUAUUUGACACCCUAUAUCCAGAUGUUAAUAACUCAAUGGGGUCCUUUGAAGGUGGGUUUCAACCAGAAUUUGUCGGUCUCAAUUACAACAGUCUGAACAGUUCUGAGUAUUCUACUCAAACAGAAACUGGAUCAAUUCCUCCAUUAGUAAUUUCAGACUUAGGGGAGAUCCUGAGUCCAAGUGGCAGCCAAUUCGAGGAUAGCAAGAUCGAUAUUCCAGCAUUCCCUUCCACCCAUUUACCAAAUGCCAGCAUAUUUGAGGAUUGGGAGAAGUUUCUGGAUAAUGAAGCCAAUGCCCCAUGGAAAGAUAUGUACUCGACUAAGGGGGGGAAAGAUUUCCAUUUUUCUCUUUAG